GUGACGUCACAUGGGAGAGCCGAUGGAUGGUUGGGAGGUGUAGAGAUGCGAGGACCGGGAAAGACCAGAGGAGCGUGAUAACAACUGAGAGAUGACUGCGCCAAAAAGGGCAAUAAAAGAUGAAAGUUUAACAAACAGCGUCAACAUGAUGUGUCGUUCAGUCUGCUGUUUUCACAUCGACCCGAGCUCGUGCACUAACACACGAAAAGCAUUCCCUACCAAGAUUUGUCAGUAGAAACUUAACCCUUGCGAUGUCAUCUGGAAUGGGCACCCCGAGCGACCCCUUGUUGUCCAGUCCUGUAGGAGGGAAGUUUGGGACCGUUCAGGAUAGCACUUGGAGACCUACAUUAUCUAAGACGUCCAGUUUUCCAUCAUCCACUACACGGCACCUCAGUCACAGAGCGAACAAUUUUCAGAGGCAUCCCAAACGAAGGAAACUUAUCCGACCGUCUCCGCCUCCACCUCCGAACACCCCGUGUCCUCUGGAACAGCUGGACCUGAGCGAGCUCCCUCCAAGACGCGCUUUCCAUGAGCUUCUCUUCAAUGGCUGCAUUUUGUUCGGUAUUGAGUUCAGCUACGCUAUGGAGACGGCAUAUGUCACACCUGUACUUUUACAGAUGGGCCUGCCCGAUCAGUUUUACAGUCUUGUUUGGUUUAUCAGUCCAAUUUUAGGAUUUCUGCUUCAGCCAUUCCUUGGCGCCUGGAGCGAUCGAUGUACAUCUCGGUUCGGUCGCAGGAGACCUUUUAUCUUUGCUUUGGCGAUAGGAGCUCUGCUGGGUCUCACACUGGUACUGAAUGGGCGGGAUAUUGGAUCGGCUGUGGCGGACACCACCAUCGAUCACAAGUGGGGCAUCGUGCUGACGGUGUGCGGUGUGGUUCUGAUGGACUUUAGUGCUGAUUCGGCUGACAACCCCAGUCAUGCGUACAUGAUGGAUGUGUGUAGCCCGGAGGACCAAGACAGAGGCUUGAAUAUACACGCUCUUCUGGCAGGUCUUGGAGGCGGGUUUGGCUACAUCGUGGGUGGCAUUAACUGGGACCAAACUGAGUUCGGAAGGUCGAUGGGUGGCCAGCUCCGGGUCAUAUACCUGUUCACCAGCAUCACCCUUGUCGCCGCCACGGCUAUGACCCUCACAAGUAUUCCUGAGCGGACUCUACCGCAAUCUCAGCCUCAAACCAAAAGCGCCCGAAACCUCAAGAGCCCCAAUCUUCCCUUACCUCUGUCCCCGCCCCCACCUCCUGGAGCAGUCUUGGAUGAUGAAGAUGAAGAGGAUGCACUAUUCAGCAGCCAGUUCUCCAACCGCCCCUACCAGGAUCCAUUGGGCCGCUCAAGCAGUGCCAACGCGCGCCUCUAUGCGGGUCUCACCAGCCCCAUCUCCCCCCUGAGUCCUCUCACCCCCAAAUAUGGCAGUUUUAUCAGUCGAGACAACUCGCUCACGGGCAUCAAUGAGUUCGCUUCCAGUUUCGGCACCUCUUAUAUAGACAGAGUAUUGAUUGAAUGUUACACUGGACAGCAGACUCCCCAACCAUUAGAAUCUGGAGCAGUGGCUCCGCCUCUGCCACCAGGGGACACGCCCCCUCUCCAAGGGUCCCGAUCAAGUGAAACGCUUGGUACGAAUGAUGUCGUGCAGCAAAACAAACUCUCACAGCCUAACGGAGAGAUGUUGGCAAUUCAAGAGUUGCAAGCUAAUGAGCAAAAGCAACCUAAUGAGGACCAACUUGUCGAGGUCCAACAGGGUGCCUCAGGGUUACAGCGAGGUAGUAGCUUAGGAAUACUGAAACGUCCUCAGAGUCUGGCCUUAAUGGAGGACCCACUUAUUGACCCAAGCAGUGGGCUGGAUAACGGUCGUAGACGCACCGUCACCUUCAGUCAGCAGGUGGCAAAUAUCUUGUUGAAUGGGAUGCGCUAUGAGAGUGACCUCAGUAGCAGUAGUGAGACAGCAGACAGUCAAAUGUCAAUCAAACUGCUCUGUACCGCCAUCUAUAGGAUGCCUCCGUGUUUACGAAGCCUGUGCACCAACCAUUUCCUGGGCUGGUUAUCAUUUGAGGGGAUGUUGCUCUUCUACACUGACUUUAUGGGUGAAGUCGUAUUUGGGGGCGACCCAAAGGCCCCUCACGAUUCAGAGGCGUAUCAGCGCUACAACGCGGGCGUCAGCAUGGGCUGCUGGGGCAUGUGCAUCUAUGCAUUCAGUGCUGCGUUUUAUUCAGCCAUUCUGGAGAAGCUGGAAGAGAGAUUCUCUCUGCGUUCGCUGUAUUUUUUUGCCUACCUGGCCUUCGGAUUGGGCACAGGACUGGCCACUCUCUCCACUAACCUGUAUGUGGUGCUGUCUCUGUGUGUUACCUAUGGAGUCCUCUUCUCUUCUCUGUGCACGCUGCCUUACUCUCUGCUCUGUGAUUAUUACCAGAGCCCUCAGUUCUGCGGUUCAUCAGAAGAUGGGACCAGGCGUGGUAUGGGCGUUGACAUCUCCCUGCUCAGCUGCCAGUACUUCCUGGCGCAGAUCUUGGUUUCCGUGGCGAUGGGUCCUUUGACAUCGCUGGUGGGUGGGGCCCAGGGCGUGAUGUACUUUUCGAGUCUGAUGUCAUUUGUGGGCUGCCUGUAUUCCUCACUGUGUGUGGUUUACCAGCUGCCACCACCCGAGGGUGAGCCUCCACUGAGUGAGACCCAACCGCUACUGGCAGAACGGACGUUGAGGCCGGCGUAUGAGUGACCGCAAUAAGGAAACAAGAGGCCGCGUGCGGAAGAAAAAGCCGAACGUAUUGUUUGGUGAAAAGCAACAAAUCUGGACAUCAAAUAUGGACUCUUCACCAGAUCGCUCUGAAGGGUGCGCUUGUGUUGCUGAGCAUCGUUUUGGUUUGUUUGUUUUGCUUUGUAUGUCUGCACACCUCUUUAGGGGUGACAUUUUGAGCUUUGCAAUACAUGCCGCACAAAACAUUGAACUAUUAAUAAGUCAUGUUUAGCAGGUAGCAAGCUCCAGCAAAUAAAGAACUGAAACAAAUCAAUUAUCCAUUUCUUUUCCCACGUCAUGUGUACAUGAGCAUAAAACAGGUAUACGGAGCUAUUUUAUUCACUGAAAGGUGUUUGAGUUUAAAAAAACAAUACACUGUUUUAAAAGAAGACUAAA